AUGCGGUGCAUUCUGCGAACUUGCCUGCACCAUAAUCAUCAUCUGCGGCAGCGUGUUGUUGCCACCACUACCACCACCAAUAAUGCUGCCGCUGCAGCGCUUCUUGUCGGUGUGCGCUGCCAGAGCAAUUCACUUAUCGGCACCAUUCACGGCGGGGAGUUGUCAUUGCCGAGUGAUCCGCAGGGCGGCUCGCAGCUCUCCGCACGCAACAUUGCGAUGGAGGCGCUGCAGAUGAAGAAAUUACAUCAAGAACGGGGCGGCAACCCGAUGCUGGCGCAACAGGCACGCCGUGUCCUUUUCGCCACGUCCAUCGCCGGCCAAAGUCUUGACGCCCGCUCCGUCGCGCUGCUUCUUAACACCGCCGUGUACUUUGGUAUGGAGAGUGACGCGAAGCUCGUACGUGAGUGCAUCGACUACUGCCUGAAGAAUGACAAACUUAUCACCGUCGAUGUCCUGCCGAUUGUCGUCACCGCCUGCGCUACCCUGAAGUCACGCGAUGCCCGUGAGGUGAUUGAAAUGCAGGCACAGAAGGCCGCCCGGAAUGCGAAGUAUUUGGAUUCAAAGGGCGUCGCAAACAUCAUCAGCGCCUUUUCGAAAACCGGCAUCAAUCAUGAGAAAUUGUUUGGUUUUCUCUCAAAACGCGUCCAGACCCUUGCACGCGUGGGCGAAUUUGAGGCGGCGCAUCUUGUCAUCAUAGCGAACGCCUUCUCACGGCUACGGUACCGGGAUAAGUUUCUCUUCGGCGCCAUCGCACGCCGCGCCAUGUCGCUGCGGGAGCGUGUUACGGUGAAUGAACUUGUACCGCUCAUUGUUGCCUUUUCGAAGAUUGGUCUCAAGGACCCAAAGCUCAGUAAACGCUUCGCCACCAAAGCCAUGGAGUACGUGGAUCAGAUGAACGCGGAGCAGGUGGCGAGUAUGUUCAUGGCCUUUGCAUACUUUGGUAUCCGCUACGAUCAACUCUUUGGGGUUCUCACCAAUCGUGCGGUGGAGCUUAUUGAUGAGUUUAAUGCGCAAUUCAUCAGCACAACUCUUAACGCCUUUCAGCGCAUUGGUAUUAACAACCCGGAGCUCUUUGAUAACUUGGCUGAGCGGGCCCUUGCGGUGGUGCAAGACCACGACGCACGUGACAUAUCCAAAACCGUCACGGCACUUGCCCACUUUGGUUUGAAGGAUGAGGAACUUUUCAAACGUCUCGCCUCCCACGCCGCGAGUAUUGCCGACCAGUUCGAUGCAUUGGGGCUUGUGAAUACCGCCCAUGCCUUUGCAAGAACGAACUUUUUACAGCAGGAUAUGGCGGUAGCGUUGUCAGAGCGUAGCGUAUACGUGUGCCGCCAAAUUGACGCAGGUGAGGCACGCCGACUGCUUUGGUCCCUUGCGAAGUUUCAAGUGCGGGAUCCGAAGAUUUUAACCCCCGUCUUUAACCGUUGCCUGGCGUUGCAUCAGGAUUUCUUUUCCGACCCUACCGGUAGCGAGGAAAUUGAGGAGAUAUUUGACAUCUACGGCCCAAACUUCUGCCCACCGCUUUAUCAAUUAUACGUUUCGCGUGGUACCGCACCGCAGAUGUGA